AUGGUUAUGCAUUGUGCUACUAGCCAAAAUGUGUUUGUUGAAAAAGUGCUGAAGAAACUUUUCCCUAAUGUUCCAAGUGGCCAAAAAACGACUGCACCAGUGACUCUGGCCUCAGAAGAGCCACCUGAAAAGGUGACGCCUAAGAAAGCGAAGGUCAACAGAGGUCAGCCUUCAGCAGAUGAUGACACUAAGAUCCAAUCUGAGAGAAUGUAUACAGUAAGUCUGCCUCCUGCAGGAUAUAUUCCAUCUUUGACAGAGUUGAACGUUUGUGUGAAUUCUGAGAACUCCUCUAGCAGUGAUGACACAGAAGGUGAAGAUCCUCACGAUCAACCAAAGAGAAAAAGGAUUAGAAAGCAUAAAUCAAAGAAAAAUUUUAAAAAUUCCAAUAGUGUCCUUGUAGAACAAGCAGAAUCAGAGAACCAGUGGAGUCUUUUACAAGAAAAAUUACAGCCACAGCACACAGAUGGCCCCACAAUAAGCAAAAAUAAAAAAAGGAAACUGAAAAAGAAGCAGCAAAUUAAAAAGAAGAAAGCAGCUGGUUUACUAACAAAAGUUUCUGGCGUCAAUUUCAUGUACCAGCCUGAGGAAAGCAGCAGUGAACAAGAUGAAUUAAGAAAUACUGAUGGAGAAGAUGUUAAAGACUCUAAUAAGGAAGAUGUUGAAGACUCAAACAAGGAAGAUUCUAAAGACACCAAUGAGGAAGAUUUUAAAGACACCAAUGAAGAAGUUACUAAAAGUAUCAAUGAAAAAGCAGAUGGUAUUCUAAACUUCUUAAAGUCAACACAAGAACUAUAUUUUUGUGAUGGUAUCUCUGAAGAUUCCAGUUCAACUGUCUUCAUAGAGACCACUGAAGAGCUAUUUAAACAUCUUGAAUCUCACAGCAUGUCUGCCUCAGAUGUGCUCAUUCUGGAUCACAUGAAAACGUUGUUACUUUUGCAAGAUACUGAAAGAUUGAAGAGUGCUCUGGAAGUGUUCCCAGAACAUUGUAUGAUGCCUCUUGAUCAUGUCAGAGUAAUCUCAACUUUCUUUAACUACUGGAUUACACAUAUUCUUCCUGAAAGAAACAGUGAAUAA